UUUCUCACUUCAUCAUAAGGCUUCUCUCAACCAAAGGGAAAGGGAUACACUAUACCGAUGGCAGCUACGGUGACCACAAAACUAGUCAUUCUUAUAACUGCAAUGGCGUUAUUACUUUUGGGCACAACUGAAGCCCAACUUUCGCCUACAUUCUACGAUCAAACUUGUCCUACUGCACUCACUACUAUUAGAACUGUUAUUAGGCAAGCAGUUUCUCAAGAACGUCGAAUGGCUGCAUCUCUCAUUCGACUUCAUUUCCAUGAUUGUUUUGUUCAAGGUUGUGAUGCAUCAAUUUUACUCGAUGAUACUCCCUCUAUGAUUGGUGAACAAAAUGCAGCACCAAACAUAAACUCUGCAAGAGGUUAUGGAGUGAUUCAUAAGGCUAAAACUGAAGUUGAGAAGAGAUGUCCUGGCACAGUAUCUUGUGCAGACAUCCUUGCUGUGGCUGCAAGAGAUGCAUCUUUUUCUGUUGGUGGUCCAUCUUGGACGGUAAAGCUUGGAAGAAGAGAUUCUACCUCUGCAAGUAAAACUUUAGCAGAGAGUGAGCUUCCACAUUUCCAAGAAAGCCUUGACAGACUUAUAUCCAUUUUUGCAAAUAAAGGUCUUAGCACCAGAGAUAUGGUUGCACUCUCAGGUUCUCAUACUAUAGGACAAUCUCAAUGCUUUCUUUUUCGCAAUAGGAUAUACAACCAAAGCAAUAUUGAUGCAGGAUUUGCUCGCACUCGACAAAGAAAUUGUCCAUCAUCGGGUGGGAAUGGAAAUUUGGCACCACUUGAUUUGGUCACACCCAAUUCUUUUGACAAUAAUUAUUUCAAAAAUCUUAUUCAAAUGAAGGGUUUGCUUGAAACAGAUCAAGUUCUUUUUAGUGGAGGAUCAACGGAUAAUAUUGUUACUGAAUACAGUAGAAAUCCAAGUACAUUCAAAUCGGAUUUUGCGGCUGCCAUGAUUAAAAUGGGAGACAUCCAACCUCUUACUGGUUUAGAAGGAGAAAUAAGAAAUAUAUGUGGUGCGGUCAAUUAAUCUCUUGUUCUACCUUCUUUAAUUCAUUUGUUAGUUCAUUUCAAAUUUCAUUAUUGUGUCCUUUGGUGAUACAUUCUAAUACACAUUGUGUGUCAUUCUUCAAGUUGUAAUAAUUAUGUGAUACUUUUAUUAAUGUCAAUCUAAUUGAGAAAUAUAUUCUUUUACUUUAAUUUUAACUUUGAGUUGCAAA